AUGCAGCUCAGCGGCCUUCUCCAGCUCGUAGUUCGUUUGGCCUUGGAUCUCGAGACACGCUUGGUUUCUGUUGAACGUCUGCAGGCUUACAUUCGCCUGCUGCGCAGUGAACGCAGCACCACAAUGGCCCUCAGCGCCCGAGAGCAGCAGCUGAACUUUGAUCUUUCACCAACUACUUCAGAAAACUCUUCUAAGCUGUGGUGGCCCUCUGCCGGACGGAUCAGCUUUCGAGCGGUGUCUCUGCGCUAUCGGGCAAAUCUGCCGCUCGCAUUGAAAAAUGUUACCUUUGACGUGGCCGGCGGGUCAAAGGUGGCGAUUGUGGGGCGAACCGGGGCCGGUAAGAGCAGCAUCACCUAUGCACUCUUUCGUCUGGUGGAAAUAGCCAGCGCUGAAAAAGGCGAUGAAAAUUCGGGAAUCUUCAUCGACGGCGUCGACAUUCGCGCCGUCCCGCUGGAGGUACUGCGUUCGCGGCUGACCAUCAUUCCACAGGACCCGGUCCUCUUCACCGGAAGUUCAAUUCGCAAGAACCUCGACCCUCGGGGCAAGGCCAGCGAGGAGCAGCUGCUUUCAGUGUUGGAGGCAGUUGGACUGAGGGAGAAGGUGGAGCGGCAGUGUAGGGGCGGCCUGGAUGAGCCGAUUGCGGCGGGAUCGGCUGGAUCGGUUCAGCAGCCAAAGAAUUCUCAGCAGCAGCAAAGGAGUUCGGGAACAAG